AUGCUCUUCGAAAAUAAUUCAUGGCCAAAUUUAAUUUGUAAUUUAUCAUUUCAAGUUAUUUUGCCUCGUCGAAUUCCUAUUUCAUAUUCUGUUGUGGUAAAUGGCAUUUCUCGUGAAUGGAAUGUUGAUACAAUUCAACAUCUUAUUACUGAACGUUAUACAUCAACAGAACGAGUUACAAGAAUAUUUCGUGAUGAUCAAGCUAAUACAAGAAUUCGAAUAGACUUUCAUUCUCAAGAUGAUGCUAAUUUGAUUUUUAGCAAGGGCUAUAUUUACAUAGAUAGCAUCCGGUAUACAGCAACAGCUUAUAAACCGCUUACACGAAUUGAUCGUUGCUUUAAAUGUCAACAAUUCGGCCAUAAACUUCAUAGUUGA